AUGGACCGACAUUCACACCAUCUGACAGCCGAGUCGCGUCUUCUUGUCCAGGCCUCGGCGGAGAGGCGCCACCGCGGGAAUCAGGACGAAGAGACGGUCACGAGCCACUGGCCCUCGCGCGAGGACUUCACCGUCCGCGCGGGGAAGGAGCGGAUCGAGGCUUAUAUCCAAACGUGGGAGAUCCCGUCCUCCUGGCUUCAUAGUUUGGAUUUCCUCCACUCAACGGAGGACGAGAACAGCACCAUCUACCACUACCGAGCCCGCUUCAGCACCCCGACGCCCAGCAAGCCCAUCCAGGGGACGGCCAGCGUCUACUUCGCCGUUGAAGCCCCCCAAAACAAGCCCAAAGAGACGCCGGUUGAAGUCCACUUCAUAGUGGAGUCGAACAGGCUCGUCCACACGCCCGGGCAGUGCAGGUUCAGAGAGAGGUGGCUGGCGGAUGUUAUUGAGAGCAAAGCUUUGCUUGGCAGGGCCUUCGAGGCAGCUGGAUUCAAACAUGUUGCUACUGAAAGAUGA